GAAACCUGUGAAUGGGUAGCGGGGUCAGUGAAUGAGUGGAGCGAGGGAAGGCACGAGAAGGCCUGGCUGGGGCUGCUCUGGGGGUCAGUGGAUGAAUGAAGUGAGAGAAGGCACAAGAAGUUCCAGCCCAGCUGCUCCGGGAUCAGCGGGAGUCGGCAUCCUGCGCUCAGGAUGAGGGGACAUCUGGCCCUGGUGGGUGUUCUGAUCAGCCUGGCCUUCCUGUCGCUGCCACCGCCUGGACAUCCUCAGCCAGCCUCCGAAGACGCCUGCUCCGUGCAGAUCCUCCUCCCUGGCCUCAAAGGAGAUGCGGGAGAGAAGGGAGACAAAGGCGCCCCAGGACGGCCUGGAAGAGUCGGCCCCACUGGAGAGAAAGGAGACAUGGGGGACAAAGGACAGAAAGGCAAUGUGGGUCGCCAUGGAAAAAUCGGUCCCAUUGGCUCUAAAGGUGAGAAAGGAGAUUCUGGUGACAUAGGACCCCCUGGUCCUGAUGGCGAACCAGGCCUCCCGUGUGAGUGUGGCCAGCUGCGCAAGGCCAUUGGGGAGAUGGAUGACCAGGUCUCCCAGCUGACCAGCGAGCUCAAGUUCAUCAAGAAUGCCGUCGCAGGUGUACGGGAGACGGAGAGCAAGAUCUAUCUGCUGGUGAAGGAGGAGAAGCGCUACGCAGAUGCCCAGCUGUCCUGCCAGGGCCGCGGAGGCACACUGGGCAUGCCCAAGGACGAGGCUGCCAACAGCCUGAUGGCCACAUACCUGGCGCAGGCCGGCCUGGCCCGGGUCUUCAUCGGCAUCAAUGACCUGGAGCGGGAGGGCGCCUUCGUGUACUCUGACCGCUCCCCCAUGCAGACCUUCAACAAGUGGCGCAGUGGCGAGCCCAACAAUGCGUACGACGAGGAGGACUGUGUGGAGAUGGUGGCCUCGGGCGGCUGGAACGACGUGGCCUGCCACACCACCAUGUACUUCAUGUGCGAGUUCGACAAGGACAACAUGUGAGCCUCGGGCGGCUGCCCACUGGGGGCCCCGCGUGUCCCUGCAGGGUUGGCAGGGCCAGCGCCCAGGUCACGGUGACAGCCCGGGAGCUGUCCCUCUGCGCAGAGGGCAGUCACUCCAGGGCAGAGGCUCAUGGAAUGGAGGGAAUGGUGCAGGCUUCAGAGGAAAAGGAAAGUGCCCGGGGUUCUGUGUCUGGAGAGGCAGUUUCACUAACGGUAUUGUAGCCCAAAUGUCACUGUGUAAUUAUACCCAGAAUUGCUCUUCCCUAAAGCUCUUGCCUUUGUCCGAGCGAUCCAAUAAAGUCUGUAGUGCAGUAGUUAAGUACAAA